ACCUUAGGGUUUUCAAUUAAAUUCUCUUAUUUAAAAAAAAAAAGAAACUGAGUUAUGUUAAAACAAAGCUGAUAAUGGCCAAAAAGAAACUCGAAGACGACACCGUUCCAGCUCCAAGCUCCAUCUUUACAAGCCUAUUCGGUGGCGUUCCGGAUGAAAACUCCGCCGUUUCUUCCAUCUUCGAUAACAAUCCCUUCAAAAGGAAAAACCAAGAUUCGCAAUCAGGGUCUGAGCCCGCCGUAAACCCUAAGACGUCUGGCUCCUCCGACUCUAACAUUGCUAAGCUGAAGAAAGUUAAGAAAAAAGAUGAAAAACCCAAUCUUGAUUUACGUGAUGAAGAAGCCACUCAGACCCACCAAAAACCUAAUUUGAAUGAUCAAGUGGGUGAAAAGAGGAACAAAAAGAAGAGGAAGAGAGAUGAAGUGGAGAGAGAAUACGAGGAGAAAAAGUAUGGAGCAAAAGCUGAAGAAGUAGAGAAGGUGGUGGUGGGAGAGAAGAGAAAGAAACCAGAGAAUGAGACGGAGGAUAUGUUGGCGAGUUCUAAGGACGAAGGUUUUGAUGAUGAGAAUAAGCUCUUGAGGACUGUUUUUGUUGGGAAUUUGCCUUUGAAGGUCAAGAAGAAGAUGCUGUUGAAGGAGUUUAGUAAGUUUGGGGAAGUUGAGUCAAUAAGGAUUCGCUCUGUGCCAAUCUUAGAUACUAAAACACCAAGGAAGGGUGCAAUACUAAAAAAGCAAUUCAAUGAAGAUGCAGACAGUGUUCAUGCAUAUAUUGUUUUCAAAUCAGAGCAAUCUGCUGAGGGUGCUUUGUCCCAUAAUAUGGCUGUGGUCGGAGGGAAUCAUAUUCGCGUUGAUAGGGCUUGCCCACCAUGCAAGAAGUUGAAGGGGGAGGAUGCUCCACUUUAUGAUAACAAGAGGACUGUAUUUGUGGGUAACCUUCCAUUUGAUGUAAAGGAUGAAGAAAUUUAUCAACUCUUUUGUGGUCUUAACAAUGUGGGAUCCAGUGUUGAAGCUGUUCGGGUAAUUAGACAUCCUCAUAUGAGAGUGGGAAAGGGCAUCGCAUAUGUCUUAUUUAAAACAAGGGAAGCUGCAAAUUUGGUUGUUAAGAAGCGUAACUUAAAGCUUCGGGAUAGGGAGCUCAGGCUUUCUCAUGCUGGGCAGAAUUCCACCUCAUCUAAGAGAAAGAAUAUAGCCCCUGCAGUUAAUACCCCCUCCAAGAAAUUUGUGGGGGAUUCAAGGAGUCCAGGCAUUGCCAGUCAAUCAAAUUCAAAGGCUACUUUGUCAUACCAGGGUUUGCGGGCUAGCAAAUCUGGCACAGAAAAGAAAGUCCAGCUAGGGAGCAGUGGAUCGGGUAAUAAGAUGAAAUCAAAAGUUCAGAAAGGGGAGAAGGGAAAAAUACGUCAGGAGAAAAGACCAGCGGUUGCUCUGAGGAAGGCAAGGGCGAAUGCUACUAGGGAUGGUGUUGCUUUGAAACAAGUAGGGGCAAAACGCAAGCUGGACAGCCGGACUCCAGAUAGUUCUCAUAGGAAGAAGAAAGCCAAGAGAUUUAGGUAGGGGAAAGACGGUAAAGUGGGCACAAUUUAGAUGUUACCUCUAUGCUGAGUAAAUUUAUAAUUCAUUUGUACAAUGAAUUUGAAUACCUGUAUCAGUAUUUAUAGAUAUUUAUCAGCCAUAUUUAUCAACCAUGUGCAAUUGUAACGAUUCACAGAAGUAUUAAAAUUCAAUUUUGCUUGGUUGUUUUUAGACCA